GGGACGCGAGAUCUCUUUUCUCCCAAUGGUUCCAUGCACUCGUCAUCCCUCUUCGGCUCUCAUAGCCCCACAUUUCAAAUCACUCAUCAUCGCUUUUGCUCUUCAAUUCCGCUUCCGACCGUCUGCGCCCACCUGCCUUUCUUGCGCCAGCACUUUGAUUCCUUUUAGUUUCCGCGUCACAUUCAACUUGCGCCUCUUUUCUUUCCUUUCCUCGAACCACCCAAGGCAUGUCCAGGCACUCUUUAGGUCCACUUAAGGACGAGGACUGGAUCAUUAGCAGUUCGUCUCAAAGCCAGAAACAGCAGCAACAACAACAGCAACAACAACAACAGCAGCAGCAGCAACAGCAAUUGCAGAAGCAAACACAGUCAUAUAAUCAGUAUCCAAACUCAUAUUACAGCCAGCGAACAACGACCGUCGUAGGACCCAGGCGCUCCCUCGAGUCGUGGCGGAGGCCCAGCUAUCUGAGGAACAGCUUCAGUCGUCAGAGUCCUCUCCCACGAGCCAUCGAAGGUUCGAGGCUGGAGAGAUUGCCGUUGGGAACUGGAGAGCCGGCCGGUCCAUGGCGAGCGCUGACAGGGCAAUUCACACCACAGGAUUGGCUGAACUGGAGAGACAUGCGGCCAGUGGAGGAGCCUCAUCUUUACAAGGCAUACCAAGCUGCCCGAGGAGACAAUCGAGGGAGAGGGACCCCAGCGCCUGCACAGAGGGCCUUACUUCCACCACCAACACCAGCAACUCCGCCAGCAACUCAAAGACCAUCCACCCCGCUGCCGUCAGCUCAACAAGCACCACCAGUGCCCUCAUCGGCUAGAGAAACAGCAACACGGUCGUUAUCUCAAGCGACAUCAUCGACUACACCAGCUUUAGAUGUGAAUGCGCGCGUGGAGGAAGGUCUCGUCAACUUGGACUUUGAUGACACAUCAACAGAAACUGGAAUGUCCCCGCCACGCAUUCCGGCGGCGGUAGCAGAUCUGAUCGACCUGGACUUCUCAAUCGGAGCAAAUAUGGAGACGAGUCGGAUGGGUGGCAUGGUGGAUAAGGUCUUUUUGGAUGGCGAUGUCGAUGCGGAGUACAUGGUCAAGCAAGGAAACCUUGUCGAUUUAUCUUUGGGCAUCGAGAAGGCAUUGAUUGACCUCUCGGACUCCGAGCCUGCUUCUGCCUCAGCUCCCAUUAUCAGGAAGCAAAGAGCUAGCUUGAUCGAUUUCACGGACGAUGAUAACGAUGUCAGUGACAGUGAUAUUGACCACGAUGGCGACAGCGGCGGCAGUAACAGCAACAACAUCAGCAUCAGCAGCAACGUUGGUAGCAAUAUCAAUAAUAGCAUCAAUAGGGAAGUCGACAGCAGUCAAAACGAUAGCGCCGUGGAAGAUGAUUAUGAGAGCGACAGCGAAAGCGAUAGCGACAGUGACAGCGAUAGUGGCAGUGACAGUGAUGACGAUGAUCCCGAAUGCUGGCAGACGCUUGCGGACGGAACGAUGCUCGUUCGCCUCACGACCUUGGAGAGCAUCAGGGGAGACCUACAGCAGGCAAAGGUCACCUGGGAGGAACUGAUGAUGGCAAAGAUUUGAAAAAGACAUUAUUCUCUUCUGCGCUAGUGCUUUGCUCAGGUAUACCCCAUUGGAAAUUUUCUUCGCUCUUUGCACUUCCUUUCAUUACAUUUUUGUACCAUAUUACAUUGCAUCGAAAUAAAAAAAACCC